AAAGACCUCUCCAAUCAAAUCAGUGGUAUCUCUAGAGUCGAGUCACGUGUAGCGGCGCUGCGCCGACACGCGGUUCGGGUCCGAAAUCACGCCAAACUCGUCGACUGCUAUUUGUCCACAUUUUACAAAAACAAAGGCAUCUUCACGUUCGGCGCCUCCUCUCGACUUUUGGCCACAGAUAUCACUGAAAAUCCGCUCAAAUACAGGGUAUAUAGCGGCGCUGUAUUGGGACAGUCACACAACAUAUCCAGAUAUGAUUUACCCGAUCCCGGAGUCUACAGAGAAUUCUUCAGAUCGAAUCCAUUGAUUGACUUCAAGCCAUUGACGUCCACGUGUUCGUACUUCAAGGGCUGUCCGAUCGACAAAUUGGAUAUCACUAUCGCUUAUCAAUUACCAGAAUUGGUCGGCAAAUACAAGAAAUUAACACAAAUACAACCCUAUCUAUAGUUAUUGUAUAAUAGAUUUAUUUUAAGACAAUUCAAUACAAAAUAAAAACAAUUUAUUGUUUAUUUAAUUAUUUAAA